GAAAACUACUCACAAAUGAAAUCUGUCGUUGAUGACCUACGCCAAGUGGUGGACAAUAUUAAACUAGGUGGAGGAGAAAAGGCUAGGCAACGCCAUCUGUCGAAGAAUAAGCUACUGCCGCGCGAUCGCUUAGAUAAACUUAUUGAUCCUGGUUCGCCUUUCCUUGAGCUAUCUCAACUCGCUGGACAUAAAUGCUACGGUAAAGAAGAAGUUCCAGCUGCUGGCAUCGUCACAGGAAUCGGCCGUGUCUCUGGAACCGAAUGCGUAAUUGUUGUCAACGAUCCAACUGUCAAAGGAGGUACCUACUAUCCAUUAACAGUUAAGAAGCACCUUCGAGCUCAAGAAAUUGCUCACCAAAAUCAAUUACCAUGCAUUUAUUUGGUUGAUUCAGGUGGAGCAAAUCUACCGCGCCAAGAUGAAGUAUUUCCUGAUGUUGGCCAUUUCGGAAGAAUAUUUUACAACCAAGCUAACAUGUCUUCUGAUAGAAUACCACAGGUCGCUGUAGUAUUAGGUUCGUGUACUGCCGGUGGUGCUUAUGUGCCUGCUAUGUCUGACGAAGUAGUUAUGGUUAAAAAUCAAGGAACUAUAUUCCUGGGUGGACCUCCGUUGGUCAAAGCUGCCACUGGAGAAGUCGUUAGUGCUGAAGAACUCGGUGGAGCUGAAGUUCACUGCAGCGUUUCUGGAGUGAGUGACCACAUGGCAAUGGACGACGAGCAUGCGUUACAUAUUGCUCGUCAAAUUAUCUCUAAUUUAAAUUAUAAAAAGGAAGUUCAAAGCGUUAUGCAGCCCCCUGAAAAACCGGCCUAUCCAUCGGAUGAAAUUUACGGCAUAGUAGGAACAAAUCUGAAGAAAAGUUACGAUGUUAGACAGGUUAUUGCAAGAAUAGUCGAUGGUAGUAAAUUUAACGAAUUCAAAGCAAAUUAUGGCAAAACAUUAGUUACAGGAUUCGCACGUCUACAUGGAUACCCAGUUGGUAUUAUUGCCAAUAAUGGUAUCCUAUUUUCAGAAUCGGCACUAAAGGCUACACAUUUUAUUGAAUUAUGCUGCCAGCGAGACAUCCCUUUAAUAUUUCUUCAAAAUAUUACUGGAUUUAUGGUAGGGAAAGAGUAUGAAGCAGGUGGUAUUGCAAAGAAUGGCGCUAAAAUGGUUACCGCUGUCGCUUGUGCCAAAGUACCAAAAUUUACUGUUAUUAUUGGUGGUAGUUAUGGAGCCGGUAAUUACGGCAUGUGUGGUAGAGCCUACAGUCCGAGGUUUUUAUUCACAUGGCCAAAUACGAGAAUAUCUGUAAUGGGAGGAGAACAAGCUGCAAACGUUCUGGCUACUGUCGCAGCGGAUCAGAGAAAACGUGAAAAUAAACAGUGGACAGAAGAAGAAGAUAAAGCUUUAAAAGAGCCAAUUAUUAAAAAGUAUGAGAAAGAAGGACAUCCAUACUAUUCAUCUGCAAGGUUAUGGGACGAUGGAGUUAUCGAUCCAUCCGAUACAAGAACUGUUUUAGGAUUAUGCCUAAGUUCAACUUACAACACGUCCCCGCAGAAAACUAAAUUUGGCGUAUUUCGAAUGUAAAUUAGGACAUACAAUAGACGAAAUUACGAUUAUAAUUUUCGUUAAAUUGAAAUUCACAAGCUAUAUUUUGGACAUUUAAUAUAGAAUGGAUUAAUAUGCAGUAUGAUCAUAGUUAACAUAAAGAUGUUUCUUGGUUAG